AUGACAUCCUUAGAAUCUCUCGGCCUACCCUCAACUGCUGUGCCUUUAGUCAUUGCGCCGGUCGCACUGUCUUCUGCCCACUCAACUCAAACUUUUCCACAAUAUAUCCUUUUUGCCUACGCUGAAAAACACCGCGCUUCUCCAGACUCUAAACAAUCAACCUCUUCAUUUAACCAAGACCUUAUCCCAUACCUCUUUGAAAAAUCUUUCUCCUCAGUUCCUCAAGAACUUGAACAAUACCUUGCUCCAUACCCUGUUCUACCUCCCCAAGUACAUAGUACCUCUCAUAAACAUCAUCAUUAUCAUCAAGACCUCAGCACGUCAUCACAUACUCACUCUGCGCAAUCUAAUAAUACUACCUCAAAACCCAUUGAAACAGACACUGACGCUCUUCCACGUCACCUCAAAUACCUCACCAUCAUCAAUUCAACUACCUCAGGUACUCACCGAUCUUCGGAAAUAUACUUUGCCAUUCUAGCUCCUCUCCUAAACCGCUUUGGAGUCUCUCAUGUAUAUGUUGCAACUUCUUCUAAAACUUCAGUUAAAACUCACGCUCAAUCCUUUACUGACCCAAGCACCGUUGUCCUACUCUCUGGAGAUACCUCUGUCUCAGAGUUUAUCAACUGCUUGGGCACCCCAGAACACCAACUUCAACCCUUAUGUCUCCUGGUCAUCCCCACUGGCACUGGAAAUGCCCUCGCAAACUCAUGUGGUCUCUCUUCAAUCCCUAUUGCAAUCUCAAGAUUGUUCCUUGGGAACCCCAAACCUCUUGCAAAUUUAUUUGUAGAGUUCCCCCCAGGAAGCCACACCGGAUCCGAUCAAGACGAGUCUUCAUCCGACAAUGACCGACCUUCAUCCUCAUGUAGUACCGUGGUCGAUCGCAGUGGAUCUGCAGGAUCUUCAGAUACCGCUGUUACGGAUCUCGGCUCCUCAUCUGCCCUUACAUUUUACGCAAUUGCAAUUGUUUCUUGGGCCGUCCAUGCCUCUCUUGUUGCUGACUCGGACUCCCCAGCUUACCGGACUCUUGGAUCUACUCGAUUCCAAAAAGCCGCCGAGGAAAACCUUGCACGACCCCAGAGGUACCGUGGUACAGUCACUUUAGGUGUAGACUCGACCUUGGAUGUAAUCAAGCCUCCAUCAAAACAAAUUAAAGCUCCUUAUACACUAGACCACGACCAUGCAUAUCUUUUGUUCUCACUCGUCUCCAAAAUUGAAAAAACUUAUACAAUCUCUCCCAACUCUAACCCACCCUCUGCGUGUGAGCUCCACGUGGUGCAUACCGACUAUACUUCUAAUGAAGAUCUUUUAGCCAUGAUGAUGGCCCCAUACACUGAUGGUGCCUUUUUCAAAUUGGGUGAUAAUGUCCAGUAUUAUAAUCUGCGAUAUAAAACAUCAAACAAUGCCCAACCAUCAAGAGACUCGCAACCAGGGCCGCUGGCGGCUCAAGUGUGGCCUGGCGAAUCAAACCCAACAUACCAACGAUGGUGUCUUGAUGGUGUCACUGUCCAUGUCCCAGCAAACGCAGGGCCCGUCAAGAUUCAUUUGCCAACCUAUGUUGCGCAUGGAUGGACCCUUAACUUAGUCACUUAA